GGGCAAACCCGGGGAGGGGGGUCCCGGCGCGGCGGUGGAGCCCCGGCGAUCUGCGGCCCAGGCCCCACCCCGCCUCCGCUCCGGGAUCCGGGCGCGGGCCGCGGCUCCCGUGCUCUUUUGCCAGAUGGCGGAUUCCCGCCCUAGUCCUGAAUUGGAGCCCGAGUCGGUGUUCCCGCGGGAGGUCAGGCUCUUCGCUGACUCCUACUCGGAGAAGAGCCGGUUCCGUUUCUGUGGGCACGUGCUGAGCAUCACGCAGAACUUCGGGUGCCGCCUCGGGGUGGCGGCGCGCGUGUGGGAAGCGGGCCUGAGCCUGUGCAACUUUUUCGAAAGUCAACAUGUGGAUUUCCGAGGAGGGGAUGUUACCAUCACUGACCUGCCCCUGGCCCUAGAGCAGAUCCAGGGCAACGUCCAGGCCAAUGUGCCAGCUGGAGGCCAGGCCCAGGUCCGUGCCUUGUCCUGGGGGAUUGACCAGCAUGUUUUCCCUCGAGACUAUGACCUGGUGCUGGGUGCUGAUAUCGUGUACCUGGAGCCCACCUUCCCACUGCUGCUGGGCACCCUCCAACACCUGUGUGGACCCAAUGGCACCAUUUACCUGGCCUCCAAGAUGAGAGAGGAGCACGGGACAGAGAGCUUCUUUCAGCACCUCCUGCCCCAGCAUUUCCAACUGGAGCUGGCCCAGCGCGAUGAAGAUGAGAAUGUCAACAUCUAUAGGGCCAGGCACAGGGAACCAAGACCUGUUUGGCAUCACUCUUCUGUUCCUCUGAACCCCUUGUCCUAAUGAAAGAACUGCCAUCACUUCAAAGCCAUAAUGAGGAUCAAAAAGUAUGGCUUCUCUUGCCUCUCUCUUUCUUCCUUCCCUCUUUGUUUCCACAGGUACUCCUAGGAGGUACCUGCUUGCUAGGAAUCCUAGAGCUGUAACCACUAGGUUAGAGCACACAGGAAGUUCCUAGCUUCUGUGCUCAGAGAAGGAGGUUGGGAGGAUACCUGGGAUUUUUAGAGGGAGGGGAGGGAGGUAAAUGGGAUGUGAGGGCAGUGGCUGCAGAGAAGCUGUCACUGAUCUCUUCCAGUCCUGUUGUAGUUUCAUAGAGAAAGGAUUUUUUUUGUUUUGGUCAGAUUCUGAGAGAAUUUUUUUUAAAGGGAAAGAAAUGAGCAUUAAGGAUUUCUUCUGCAUCUAAAGAAGUCGGGCUUUUGAUGGGGCUUGGAAGGAGGAAGCCUCAGACCACUCACUUACUGCUUCCAGAGACAGUCUGGUGGGACCGUGGCUCUAACUGGGUCAAGUCCUCCCAGCCCUGUAGCUGGGGAAAGGCAGCAGAGCUGUCCCUUGGACUGUAGCUUCUUAAUUUUUUUCAGAGUUGGAGACCUGAUCAUUAAGUACUAGUUGCUUCUCAUCUUUGCUUUUUUUUUUUAGGUUUCCAAGUCCUAUCAACCCUUUCUUCCUCAUUUGUUUUGUCUUCACCUCUUUUCUUUUCCCACUGUGGUACUGCUGGUUGGCACUGUCUGGGGCCACGUAUCACCUCUCAGCACACCUGGCCUCCAGUCUCUCCUUUUCAAGACAUUUUGCAAACUUGUCAUUUUCCAGAAUCAGCUCUGAUUAGCUUCUGGUGCCUACAGAAGUAAGGAUGAGUUCCUCUGUGUAGUAUUUGGUCUACCCCAUGGGAUCCCCAAGUGCCCUUCCACUUCAUUUUCUAUUGAUUUCCUACAUGUAUUGCAAUGUCUGGCCAAAUGACAAAUGUCUAUUCUUUGUUCCCCAAGUCCACAUCAAGACUCCCUGACUUCUUCCUUCUUUUUGAUGAUGAUGAUUGCCUUACUGGAAGGGCUAUUUCUACCUGUCAAAAUAUUUGUGACUCUUAGCCUCUUGAAAAAGCCUUUCCUGAGUCUCCUGUUUGGGUGUGAUUUUUUUUUGCUCUAGACUCUUCAACUGUUUGUUCAUCUUAUGGCUCUUACCUUGUCUUGAGUGGUCAUUUGUCUGCUCUCUAUUUUCUCACCCUUAGGUUACCCUGGAGGCUAGGCCAGUGGUUUACUCCUCUCUAAUCCCCGGAGGCCUAGCACAAUACCUGGCACACAGUAGGUGUUCAACAAAUAUUUUGCUCAUUCAACAAAUAUUUACUAGGUUAGUUGGAGGGAUCCACCCUACCUAGGUGACCUUGGCCAAAUUUCUGAACCCAUCCAUCUGCCUCAGGAGUUUGUCAUGAGUCAUAAUGGAUAAAGAAUCUGAAAAGUGCAGUUGAAAUAAAGAAACAGUGUUAAUA